CACACACCUGUGCUCUCUGUGCCUCACCUGUCACACAGCACACAGUCCGGGCUCGAGCGCAGGGGAGAGACACAGGUGAGACAGGUGAGAGACACAGGUGAGACAGGUGAGACAGGAGGAUGCGCGCCGCCGAUGCGGACAGACUGGCGCACGAGCUGACGAGUGCGGCGGCGGGCGGAGACACUGCGCGCGCUGAGCUCCUGUUGAGGGACGGCGCUGAUGUGAACCGCGAGAACCGCUUCGGGAGAACACCUGUACAGGUGAUGAUGAUGGGCAGUGAGCACAUGGCCAGCCUGCUGCUAUCACACGGUGCGAACCCUAACAUCGCGGAUGUGAGUACGGGGGCAACACCACUACACGAUGCUGCGCGCGAGGGUUUCCUCCGCACUGUAGAGUUGUUAGUCAGAGCCGGAGCUGAUGUCACCACGCUGGACCACAGUGGACGGAGCCCAGCCCAGCUUGCACUGCAAGAAGGCCACGCCCACAUUGCCAACUAUUUACAGCACCUCUAAUAAUCUACUUGCUUUAGAAAUGUUUUUAAAACUGUUUAUAAAUAUGAAUGCACAGAUACA